GCCGCGUCUGAGGCGGCAGGAGGAGGAGGAGGAGGAGGAGGGAAGAGGCGGCGGCAGCGGCAGCAGCAGCAUGGCGGCCGGGCGUGAGCGGCUGAGCGCGCCGCCGCCGCCUCCUCCUCCUCCUCCUUCUUCUUCUCCUUCUUCUUCUUCUUCAUCUUCUCCGCCUCCUCCUUCUCCUGCCGCCGAACCGGAGCCUGCCGGCCCGCUGCCCAAAUAACCGCCCCUGCCUCGGUCCUGCCUGAGAGAAGCGCCCGGCCAUGGAGCUCGCCAAGCCGGCCUUCCCCGCGCUGCCGCAGGCCAAAGAGGACUCUGAGGAUUGGACCUAUCCCAUGAGGAGAGAGAUGCAGGAAAUUUUACCUGGGUUAUUUUUAGGCCCAUAUUCUUCGGCUAUGAAAAGCAAGCUACCUAUACUUCAGAAACAUGGAAUAACCCAUGUGAUAUGCAUACGGCAAAACAUUGAAGCAAAUUUUAUUAAACCAAACUUCCAACAGUUAUUUAGGUAUUUAGUCUUGGAUAUUGCAGAUAAUCCAGUUGAGAAUAUAAUACGAUUUUUCCCUAUGACUAAAGAAUUUAUUGAUGGAAGUUUACAAAGUGGAGGAAAAGUUCUGGUCCAUGGAAACGCAGGGAUUUCUAGAAGUGCUGCCUUAGUUAUUGCAUACAUAAUGGAAACUUUUGGGGUGAAGUACAGGGACGCAUUUACUUAUGUUCAAGAAAGAAGAUUCUGUAUUAAUCCUAAUGCUGGAUUUGUCCAUCAACUUCAGGAAUAUGAAGCCAUCUAUCUAGCAAAAUUGACCAUCCAGAUGAUGUCACCACUGCAGCUGGAGAGAUCCCUCUCAGUUCCCCCUGGUACUACAGGAAGCUUAAAGCGAAUGCACGAGGAGGAUGAAGAACUUGGAACCAUGCAAGCGGCGGCAGCACAGAACAGAUGAUACCUGAGGACAGCACUGUUUGUAUUGUGAAUUCCUGCCAAGAAAGGUGAAGAAAACUAGGGAAAAAGAACUAAAAUGCAAAAUGAUGAACACACACAUAGCUUCUUUUCAAUUACAUGUUGCUUUCAGAUGUAAAUCUGCCUCUGCAACACACUAAGCAUCAUUUUUAAGAUGUUGGACUUCUUGAAUGAAUAGAUGGCACUGAUUGUUUUACUCCUUUUUUACACUUUACAGUUUUAUUCUAAACCAAGAUUUUUGGACUUGCAAAGAGGUAUUAUUGCAAUAAUGCACUUUUCAUACUUGAAAUUUCUUUAUUUGUAUGAUAUAAAGUUAUUACUUUAAACAAAAUGCAAGUUGGGGGGGAUUUGUUUAUAAAGUUAUUUGUGUAAUUUAUAACAAGAGACUUUAGUAAAGAAAAAGUUUGCUAAAACUGA